AUGGCUACCGGAACCGUCGAACCUUCGACACAUAAUGAGGUGCAGGGCUCGUCUGUCCCUCCCCGGAAGGUCGAUGCGGGAUCGGAUGAGAAGGAAAAGCAAAUGGUGGCUUCCGUCCGGCCGACUCAACACCGACUAUCGAAUCCCUUUGUUAUCACAGAACGCCCAGAAGAGAAGCAGUUGGGGGUUUCAUCCCGGAGGUUGCGGGUUAGUGAUUUUGCGCUCUUGAGAACGCUUGGGACUGGAACCUUUGCGCGUGUCUGGCUAGUGAGGUUGAAGGAAGAAAGAGAGAAAAGGAAUAGGGUCUAUGCAUUGAAGAUCCUACGCAAGGCCGAUGUAAUCAAACUGAAGCAAGUCGAGCACGUACGCAACGAACGGAAGACACUCGCCGCUGUUGCCGGUCACCCUUUCAUAACCUCUUUGAUCGCGUCGUUCUCUGAUGACCAAAGCUUAUAUAUGCUGCUGGACUACUGUCCCGGAGGCGAAAUAUUCAGUUACCUGCGGCGUGCGAGACGGUUCAACGAAAGCACAUCCAGAUUUUACGCAGCCGAGAUAGCCCUGACGAUUGAAUUCCUGCACGAUGUUCAUGGGGUUGCUUACCGAGAUUUGAAACCGGAGAAUAUUCUUUUGGAUGCUGAGGGUCAUAUCAAACUUGUCGAUUUCGGGUUCGCGAAACAAGUGGAUAACCGUGAAACAUAUACCUUGUGCGGGACGCCGGAGUACCUCGCCCCAGAAGUCAUUCACAAUAGCGGCCAUGGCCUUGCAGUGGACUGGUGGGCUCUUGGAAUCUUGAUCUAUGAGUUUUUGGUUGGACAGCCGCCAUUCUGGGACCAGAACCCCAUGCGUAUCUACGAGCAGAUUGUGGAAGGGCGCUUGCGUUUCCCCCAGAACAUGUCACCAGCAGCCCAGAACAUUAUCUCUUUGCUUUGCAAGACCAGUCCGACGGAGCGACUGGGGUACAUAUCUGGCGGUUCCGCACGAGUCAAGUCCCAUCCAUUUUUCCUAGACAUUAACUGGGAUGAUUUAUUCUAUCGCCGUGUAAAGGGGCCCAUUAUCCCCAGAGUCGAUCACCCGGCGGACACGGGAAACUUUGAAGAGUACCCGGAUCCCCCAGACUCGAGGACUCUGAGCCAUUAUAACGAUGAUAUGAGGAAGAAAUACGAAACUUUGUUUAGUGACUUUUAG